AUGGAUAGAAGCAUCGCCGAAUGUCGUGGUGGCCGUUAUGCGCUCCCCAUGGCCCAGCUCUACCCGGGUAAGGGCUCUGGCCGCAAUGCUUCGGAGGACGGUCGCCUCAGCCCGGGCAGGGACCUCGGGUACCACACGCUGCUGACCAGCCCGGGCAUUGCUGACGUCUCGGGGGAGGCAAAGUUGCGCGAAGCGAGGCUGGACUCGCCCCCGCCCGAAGACACUGAGAGGCUGGUGGCUACCUUUAAGGGCAAAAAGAUCCCCAAGAGGCCAUCCCCUUUCGACAAACUUUCGGACAACCUCAUCCUGAAGAUCUUCUCGUUCCUGUCGAGCAACGAAUUGUGCGUCAGCGCCCGCGUCUGCCGGCGCUGGUACUUCUUGGUCUGGGAGCCCGAACUCUGGACCUCGGUGACUCUCAGCGGGAGCCGGAUCCAGGUGGACCGGGGCCUCAAGACCCUCUUCCGGCUCCUGUGCCGGGACUCUCCGACGCUGUGCCUGGCCGUGGAGAGGAUUCACCUGAACGGUUGCGUCAAACUCACGGAUAAAGGUCUCAAUACGAUCGCUGCCAAAUGCCCGGAGUUGAAGGUUAUAGAACUGAGAGGGUGUGUUAGCAUUAGUAACCGAGGAGUUUCGGAUAUUGUGACUCGCUGUCUUGCUUUGGAAAGGCUUGAUGUGACAGGUUGCAAUAUCGUAACUUCGAUCCAUUCAAGACCUUUGACACUGGAUCCGACAGUGUUGUCGACAAAUCCCUUCCGUCUACGCCACUUGGAUCUGACGGACUGCCAAAGAUUGGACGACAACAGCCUUGAAAAGAUAGUCAGGUAUUGUUCCCAACUGACACAUUUGUACCUGAGACGUUGUACACUGAUCACAGACGUUGGCCUGAAGAGUGUGGCAAGUUACUGCAUUGCUUUGCGUGAGCUAAGCGUCAGUGACUGUAUACUGCUCACAGACUUUGGCCUCUACGAAUUGGCCAAGCUCGGUGCGAACAUGAGGUACCUCAGUGUUGCCAAGUGCGACAGGAUAUCUGACGCGGGCGUCAAACAGAUUGCGAGGCACUGUUACAAAUUGAGGUAUCUAAACGUACGAGGGUGCGAAGCUGUUUCAGAUGAUGCUUUAGAAGUCAUUGCAAGAAGUUGCCCGAGACUGCGAGCUCUGGACAUUGGCAAGUGUGACAUCACAGACAGAGGACUGAAAAUUAUUUCUCAGCACUGUCCCAACUUGAGGAAAUUGAGUGUCAAAUCGUGCGAAAUGAUCACUGACGAUGGCAUUCAGAUAAUUGCGUACUAUUGCCGAGGACUGCAGCAACUCAAUAUCCAAGACUGCCCAAUAACGCUUGACGGAUAUCGGACAGUUAAAAAGUUCUGCAAGCGUUGCAUCAUUGAACACACGAAUCCUGGCUUUAAUUGA